AUGAAGCCAUCGCAACGCAAAAGCUCCUUCCUCACAGUGCGAGACUUGUUGGAUACCAGCAGCGUAGACAGCAACGAAUCCCCCUCCUCUACCUUCGCUACACCUACUGAAGAGUCGGCGUGCUCUCCUUCUACUGCAGCCGCUGUUAAACCUCACGGGGAACUCAAACUCGGCUCAACUUCACUUAUAGAUGAUGCAAAGAUCCCCUCCCCCAUUCCACACACCUCCUGCCCAGUUCCUCUCUUUUAUCCCGCCUACCUCAAUUAUAAUUGCUUUAAUAUCCUAAAAGGGCCUGUUGAGAUCGGAAAGAGAAGAGGUUCCGCCACACCGCCACCUCCGCCGCCACGGCCCUCGCAACAAAUAAAUUCCCUUCGCCGUGAGAGAGAACGUGAGCGGCGAAAUGAUACGUGUGAAUUUUGUGGAAAAGUGUUUAAAAACUGUUCCAAUUUAACGGUUCAUCGACGCAGCCACACAGGCGAAAAGCCGUAUAAGUGUGAGUUAUGUAGCUACGCGUGUGCCCAAUCCUCCAAGUUGACACGACACAUGAAGACCCAUGAAAAGGAUGGAAGGCCGAGCCAUCGAUGUCGGUACUGUCAAACGCCAUUUAUUGUGCCCUCGACAUUGGAAAAGCACAUGAGGAGGUGCGGGGCAAGAGUACGGGGGGAAUCGCGGUUUCUAACCUCGGCACAACCUCCACCGCAGGCUACUUUACCACCGCCGCCACCUCCGCCUCCUCCACCACAGCCACCAAUUUCUCCGCAGGAGGCGUAUGGACGGGCACUGUCAAAUGCAUUACCGAGCAUCCUCCCGCCAUGGUGCUACUCCCUUUUCUCGUCCCUCCCUCCCCAUCCUUCUGCUCAUCCGUCUACCCCGCCAGCGCCACAGUCAGGGUUAUUACCGGGUCGGUAUUGA